GUGAGAUUAAAAACCUCAUCCGAUGAUAGACUACGAGAGAAGCAAUAACACCAAGAACAUCAACAACCAUCAUCGCAACCCUCCUCCAUCUUCAUCUUCCUCUGAUCUUCUUCCCGACGGUAAUGGAGCCACCGUGACUCAGAAGCGGAAACGGAGACCCGCCGGGACACCGGAUCCGGAGGCGGAGGUAGUAUCUUUAUCUCCAAGAACGUUACUAGAAUCGGAUCGGUACGUAUGUGAGAUCUGUAACCAAGGGUUUCAAAGGGACCAGAAUCUACAGAUGCAUAGAAGACGACAUAAAGUUCCAUGGAAGCUUCUAAAAAGAGAGACCAACGAGGAAGUAAGAAAGAGAGUCUACGUCUGUCCGGAGCCGACAUGUCUUCACCACAACCCUUGUCACGCGCUCGGAGAUCUCGUGGGAAUCAAGAAACACUUUCGACGGAAACAUAGUAACCAUAAGCAAUGGAUCUGCGAGCGAUGCUCAAAAGGCUACGCCGUUCAAUCUGAUUACAAAGCUCAUCUCAAAACCUGUGGCACUCGCGGCCACUCCUGUGACUGCGGCCGAGUUUUUUCCAGAGUGGAGAGUUUCAUAGAGCACCAAGACAAUUGCACCGUACGCCGAUCCCAACCCUCCAACCACCGUUUACAUGAGCAGCAACAACAUACUACAAACGUUACACAAACCGCUUCAAUCGCCGAAAACAACGAAAACGCGGACCUUUCUAUUGGUCCUAUAUUGCCUGGACAUCCUUUACAAAGAAGACAAUCCCCACCGUCCGAUCAACAACCAUCCGCUUUGCUCUAUCCUUUUGUUGCCUCGUGCGGGACUAAUGGAAGCAUCGAGCUUCAGCUACUUCCAUCGAGGCAUAGUGCUGAUGAGACCAGCCUUAGUCUGUCUAUAGGGACAAUGGAUCAAACUACAAUGUCAGAAGUUGAGAGGAAGAGCUACGAGAAGGGAGAGACGAGUCUAGAAAGAGAGGAGGCGAGAAGAGAAACGAAGAGGCAGAUCGAAAUCGCGGAAUUGGAGUUUGCUGAAGCCAAGAGAAUAAGGCAACAUGCGAGAGCCGAGCUUCACAAAGCUCAGCUUUUUAGAGAAGAAGCAAGUCGAAGGAUUAGUGCAACGAUGAUGCAAAUCACUUGCCACAACUGCAAGCAACAUUUUCAAGCUCCUGCUGCUUUGGUUCCUCCUCCUCCUCAGCUGCAUUGUACUGAUGAGAGCACUUCUCUCGCCGUGAGCUACAUGUCUUCGGCGACUACCGAAGGAGAAAAGGCGAGUGAUAGAGCAUCGUCAUAGUCUCAUAGACCUUGAAGAGAGAACACAUACAAAAGAAAAAAAAAUAUUCUUCCUCUUUUCUUUUUUUGUUUCUUUGAUUGGAAUUGAAGAUCAUCUUUUUAUAUUCAUUGGUUUUUUUAAUACAUUCUUGGUUUGUGGGUAACCAGGGUUGGAUAUUCACUGGGGGUUUGAUUUUUUUUGUUUCUCAAACAAAAACCAAAGAAGAGAAGAGUUUUGUUGUAUGAUAGUGUUGGGUCUGUUGGUUGCUGGAUAUUGUAACUUGGUUAAUGUAAUAAACAGGUUAUAUAAUC